UGAUCCUGACACACACAACAGCAGCUUUAUGAUGAUCCGGAUCCCGCGUGAGCUCCUCAGUGCGCGUGAACGCUGCGCGCGCGCCCUACCUGCGGCUCAGGUAAACUCAGGGGCAGAGGCGGAAACAAGCCGCUCCAAACCGCGUCCGAAAGCCAGGAGGAGUGUGAGUGAGUGUGUGUGUGUGUGACCGGUGAGUGUGUGGAGUGUGUGGAGUGUGUGACCGCGGCUUUAUGGAGUGUUGACGGUAAUAAACGCGGAGAGAAGGCGGCUUUAUGGAGUGUUGACGGUAAUAAACGCGGAGAGAAGGCGGCUUUAGGAAGAAAAAUAAAUCGCUUCAGUGACAAAACACACUUCCGCCAUCGGAAUCGCCGCGAGCGUGAGCUCAGAACACCACCAGAGUUCCUGUCGAGUCUAUGAGGUCCUGACUGAAGCGUGCAAUGCCUGGACACAGCACCGGGACCAAACACAAGUCCCGUCCACACACACAUGGGUCGGGACGCUGCAGGUCCGAGUGUUACAGGCCGAGCCGAUACAGCUCGAGAGACAGCUCCUACCGAGAUCAUCACACCACCAAACAGGAGUCGUAUAGGAACCAGCGCAACACGAAUCAGGACUCGUACCUAGAUCACUACACUGAUUUACCCCGGAUCAUCGACCCGCAGCCGCCCCACAGUCCUCCACACUACGCUAAAUCCACCACGAGUUCAUACCGAGAGAAUCACACCACCAAUCACGAUUCAUACCGAGAGAAUCAUAAAACAAAUCAGGAUUCAUUCCGGAAUCACUACACAGCCAAUCAGCACUUACACCGUGAUAAUCAGGAACCUUACCACAACCAUGCCUCGAGUCCGGACCGCAAAAUGUCCCAGGAUUCAUGCCGGAAUUAUUACACCAGCAAUCAUCACUCAUUCCGGGAUCAGGAUUCACACCGUGAUCACGGCGCUGAUCCGCCACGUGCCAUCGUCAUCGACACCCAGCCGUCCCACAGUGCUUCUCGGAGUUGCGCUAACGGAUUGAUCCCGAGCGCUCCGUGCGGCUCGUGUUCCUGGUCAGACUGCCGAGCUCUGAUCUGCUGCGUCCUCACCUGUGGCUUUUAUGGCCGCCAGCAGCCCUGCAUUCCCCCUAACGAGAGUUCCACCGACCCGCCACCCAAAACCGAGCCUGAACCACGACGGCCUGAGCCCAAAUCCGAACCCAAAACCACUCACCUGCCCAGUUCUGGAAGUUUCCGUUAUGGAGAUGUCUACCUAGCGGGAAAGAAGGUAGUUUACUCACCAAAUUCAGAAGCUCCAGCUCGCCGCAGCAGGUCCACGGCAAAGGGCGAGAGUCAAAGACCCAUUAGCAACACUAGCAUUUACUCCAGAGAGGAUCUGGACGUGGACGACGUGGAUGACGGAGGCACUGAUAUCGACUCACUAAUCACCAAGAAGCUUCUGGAGCUUUAUAAACUGCACCAGAUCGAGCAGCUGGCCAAGUGCACCUCAGACCUGUCAUUCUCACGCAAGACAAACGAGAUCAGCGACCUGAUCAACAGCAUUGCUCAGGACUACAACCUGGAGGAGCAAGAGGCCGAGUGCCGGCUCGUACACGGCGUCAUUCGCAUCAGCACACGCAAGUACAAGUCUCAGACUUCUAAAGGCUAUAAAAGCAAAGACUACAAAUCCCAGGAUGCAUUGCUGCAGCCAAACGGGAGGAGGGACGGGACGCUGCCGGACAGCGGCAAUGAAACCAUGACCUUUACCUUCAGCACUGAUGAACCGGAGAUGCUGGUGUCUGAUCUAACGCCGUCUGAUGAGCUGGCGAGGAAGAUGAGAGGACACAGCGGGCGAAGCGCGUAUUCUUCAGGAAUGGCCACGGACUCGUCUGCAGAGCCGCUGCUGUGCUGACGGACGCGUGACGGAGACUCGCAGACGGGUUACAGACGCAUCGGAUGGAUUACAGACGCUGCCGUGUUCGAUCAAAACACUGAUUACUGACCAGAUGUCUGGAUUAAAGACUAAGCAAACUGUAGACUAAGAGGCUCGUUUAGGGAUGCCACUGCCAUAUUAAACACCACACAGAGGUAUUAUAGAGACACACAUCUGGAUUAAACUCUCAGCCAUAAUCACACACAUUAUAGAUGGCAGGUCUGGAUUAGAGGCCGCACAUCUGCGUUAUAAGUCACAUGGCUGGGUUAAACACCUCGGAACAGGAUUAGAGGCAUUUUUCAGCCACAAGUAGAUUGUAGAAGACUGGAGGGGAUUUGCAGAGUGCAGAUUAGUGACUGCACAGCUGGAUUAAAGAUCACACUGUGGGUUUGGAGAACAGAAUCCAGGAACUUCUUUCCAGAUUGUAGAGCAUUCUCAUCCUCAAUUUUGUCCAAAUUGCAGCUCAGAUGUCUGGAUUAGAGAUUAGAGACCACACAGCUGGAUUAAAGAGACUUUCUGAUCACUUUAGAGACCACACAGCUGGAUUAAAAUCCUUUUGACAGGAAUUAGAGACGUGUGUGCUGGAUUAAACACUGAUUGGAGACGACUCUUCUCCGGCUGGAUUUUUUUUCUCCCACUCCACAGCUUGUCAUUGUGUGUUUUAUCAGAUGGAGGAUGUGUGUGUGGGUGUGUUGGGAUUAAACUCACACUCUGUGCCUGUGAUUAUUCUGUAAAAAGUGUUCUGUAUUGAGUCACAGAGCCGGAACCUGAGGAACCUGUGCUGCCGCUGCUCACAGACCACAAGCUGACUUUUUUAAACUAUUUUUUCGGUCUCCAUGUCUCCAUGUCUCCAUGUCUCCGUGCCCUCACUCACUCGGACUCGUUUUACUGCAGUCCUUUUUCAUAAUUAACCUCGUCUCUCAGGCUCUGUGACCUCCUGCGGCUUUGUGUUGCUUGCUCACUCUUAAAGCACGUUGCGGUUUUGUUUGUUUGUUUGUUUGUUUUUUGUUUUUUUUUUUAAUAAAAAGGCAUGUCCUGUA